ACCAUCCCUCCAGCCAAACCCGCCGUAGACGCCUCCACCACUCCCGUCGCACUAAUCCCGCCGGCCGCCUACACCAGCCCCGACGAUGACUCUGUGCCGGCCACCCUCGGCCACCGCAGCGGCCUCCCACCCUUCCGAUGUAGGUACCCUCCCGCUGCUCUCUCUCCUGCUUCUCUCUCCUUCCCUCCCUAUCUCUCUAUCCAUUUGUCUAUAAUAGAUAUGGUAAUUACCAUCUGGUAAUUUAGUAAUGGUAUUAAUUUAUGAAAUGGUAUACUUUGUUUUGGUAUUAGUUCAUUGUUUUGUUGUAUGAAAUGGUAUAGUGUGUUUGUCAUAAUGAUAUUGAUUUAUUUCUGCAAUGAUAUUGUUUUGAUUUCACAAUAGUAGUUGAAGUGAUGCUCGAAAGAGGAGGAUUUGAAGUGCGGGCGUUACAACACUGGACCAGAUCCAUGUUUGGGAAAACUUGAAGUAGGUUAAAGAUAGUAAAAUCAUGAUGGAAGUAGAACAAGUGAACACUCUUUUGUCAUUGUCUAACUGAAUAAAUCCGGAAAAAAGGAUUCCCUUUCUCCGCCGCUUCUCUCUCUCAACUCCUCUGGCUUUUUACUGUUGCAGAGCGUCGGAUCUCAUCUCAUCUCGACUUAGCUGCCAGGAUUACUCCUACAACGUACCAUGGUGAAGGAGGAAGCGGAUGACGUGGAAGCAUUUUUAGCGAGUUUGGAUCCUAAAUCUAAAUGCUGCCCUCCUGAGGUUGUGGCGAAGUUGAUUCAGUCGAGAGCAAUUGGUUGCAUCGCCGCACUUUUGGAGCGGAAAGUCCCUCACAAUCGGUUGGAUAUCCGCGGACGGGUUGGGAACUGCCAACUGCCCUUGCAUUAUGCUGCUAAGUUUGGGUUUCACGAGGCGAUCGAGCUGUUAAUUCGCCAUUGGGUUCCUCCCAACCUUAUUGAUUCGAGCUUUGAACCCGAAGAACUUGAAACGGGUGCCAUCGACUACGCGCUCGAGACCAGUUGCAAUGAAUGGAACAAGAAGAUGGAGGAAAGCCGAAGCGGCCUCCUCCUCUCCGAUUUGAUCCUCUGGCUGCCGGAAUGGAUCUCCGACGCCGACAAUUUCAACUGGUGGCACACGGUAAAGCUGCUCGGACGCGCCAAGGAUGAAGACCUGGAGAAGAAAAUCUUCGAGUAUGCAAGGAAUGGCCAGGCGGCGAAGCUGCUCUGGCUUCUCCUUGCUGUCCCUGACCGAGUUCUCUCCCCAACAUUCUUGCAUGGCCUAACUCAAUGCGCGGAUAUCCUAGCUUGUCCGCUUUUGAGAGACUACUCCCUCCGAGAUAUCCUUACCGCUCAACUUGCUUCUCUGGUGGCCGACAUCUGGUGCUGCAGCUAUGGCGAUGAUCCUCAAUUGAUCAACUCUUUGGAGGAACAGCGGUCAAUCCUCACCUCUUCCCUGCUAUUACUUGAAGUCUUCCAGAGGGCUGGCACACAAUUGUCUAACUUAAUGGCAAUGCUAGCACAAAAAGAAAAACACCAGCUUUCCAAUUCCCCAAUUGCUCAACAGGUCCAGGCUGUGCUAGAAGGAGCUGGGAUCCCUAUAACUUCUCUGAAUUGCCCUGCCCCUAGCAGAUCGCUCAGACACAAGGAGUGGGACGAUGACUGGCCGAGUUCACAGUAUUUGGCAUUUUUGAUUCAACCCGCCAGUGUCAGCAGAAGUGAAACGCUUGAUUCAGAAUUCAGCAGGGCUAUCGAGAAGUUAUGCUAUCAUCCUUGUUUGAAGGAAAUGAGCCCGUCCGCUUUCAAGUUGCUUUUCAUAUUUUGUCUUCCCGACAUGGUGGAAAAGAUGCAAUGCAUGCUGCAGUUGGAGCUCAAGUAUGGUAAGCCUGCAAAAGUCAUCCACCCCACCUAUCUUGCAAAGUUAUGCUUUAUCUACAUCACAGAGGGGCGGAUUGUUGAGUUCACAGCUGCUCUAAUGGCCGGACGAGUUCUUCUUCAGUUUGACAAUCCACUUAGUCCUCAAAUGUCUGACCAUACUCUGGGUUAUAAGGAUUAUAUCCCAACCUUGUAUGACUUUUUGUUACAUGCUUUGAGGAGAGUGCUCGAUGAGGAAAUCGGCUUAACUGGAAAGAGCGAGGACACUGUUACUGUUCAAACUUUAAAGGAGAAAAAAUCAAUAGUGGCUUCUGCAUUUCUAUUAACACGGAUAUUCGAGAACUCUUCACAAUGUAUUCAUAGGUAUCUUUACUCUCCAAGAUAUAAGGUAAUUCAGCAGUGCAGGGACUUGAAGAUGGUUGUAGAUGAUGUUUCUUCCUUGCUCGAAGACUCGGGAUUUGUGUUAACACCCGAGGACGUUUCUGUGGAUCACUUGGAGUGUUUCUCCAGCAAAGCAGGUGUUAGCAGAACCGGGUUAGAAGAAGGAAAUCUAUUGUCAUUUGUGUCGCAUUUGCAGACAACUUCAUGUGUGAAGGAGAAGCAAGCAACCAGAGCCUCAAAGGCAAUCAUGUCGACCGAAAACGUUGAAUCGUCUUUGCUUGUUGGUUUAUCCAUUAACAAAUUUCGAUCGCGCUCGUAUCACUCUUUCGUGCCAAGGUAUGCAGGGUCUAAGGUCGCCUGGUUGCCUGCACCAAAAGGGGUCAAGUUGAUAACAAAAAGAGCGGAGUCAGCAAUAUUGUCGGAUUCUAUACUGAGAAAGAGUUGGAAGUUCUUGACAAUGACUAAGAUGUUGCGUUUGUGAUGGCACGUAUUCCUGACGGGCUUGCUUCAAUCUACUGUGUUAAUUGCAUGCCAUGGCGCUGAUUUAACGUGAUGCUGGCUGUGUUGUAUAUUUACAGUUAGCGCUUUUAUCAUGUUUUUGCUCAUGUGCUUAUAGUACUGGACAUUCUUACAUAAGAGACUUGAGAGUUAGGAGUAGAUAAGUUCGAGCAAGUGUUCCAAUAUCAUGUGUCACUAACUCACUAUACGAGAGUUGAAUGGUACUCGUUGGAGUAGGCUGUAAAAGGUGAUGGAGUCUUUGAAAUCUGAUUGUGGAUCUUGGCCCAUGUUUACCGAUAUACAAUCUUUCUCUUGCAGUUGAGGAAUUUGAGGACAGGAGCUGAAUUUCAUCUUCUCAGGCUGUCUUGAAGUUGAGAUAGGGGGUGAGAGGAUCUAAUCUUAGACAUGCAAAUUCAAAACUAGUGGAUUACGACUAAGUCAAGCACAAGCCCUUGUUUGCAAUCUAGAAAAUGUAAAAAGUUUCUUUGUUGCCAAGAUUUUAAUGAUAUAACGUUAGAGUCGAUCACAUGACAAAUUUAAUACAACUUUUUGUUGUUGUUGAAUAAAAGACUCCUCGGCUU